AUGACACAGGCCGGUUCCGCAGCAGAAAAUGUACCUGAAGAUAGGAAACAGGCUGUAAAAGCUCUCAUUGACAAACCAUGGUUCCAAGAGGCCUACAAAUCAGCACUUGAUUUUCACUCCAAAGAUGAUGCUUUAGACACCAGGGACAGACUAGAGCUCUCAAAAAUAUACGUCUCGAUCUCCAAAGCUCAGAUUUGGGGUGGUUGGGCUACUUUUGCUGCCGUUUUCGGAACUCCGUUUGGUUACCAGUAUUACAAGACAAAUGCCAUAAGAGGCGUCAAAGUUCCCAGAAAUUUCGUUUUUGGGCUUGUGGCCAUGGCUUUAUCGGCACGUCUUUGUGGUAAAGCGGUGUACAACUCACAGAUCUCAAAAUUGGAUCCCAAUGGCACUUUUGAACAGACUGGAAAGAAAUGGAACGAACCUGCAGAAAUGGACUACGGGCAAGCAGAGCAAAUUCCAUCGUCAACAUUAAUUUCCCGUCAACAGCGUCAGUACGAAAUGAUGCAUCUGUUGGGGUACUCAAUGGCUCCAAAAUGGGCCAGAUAUUUUGAUUAUACUUACACGAAUCCAGAAAGACGGUUUCCGGACCCUAAGACUUUGAUGCAAAAUGUGCAGGAUGGAGAAAUUCCCAGAAUUUCUCCUUUUUUAAACCAGAGGGAUCCUUUGUCACUGUAUUCAGGGCCUCGUCAUGAUGAGAAAAAGGGCAUUCCUCGUGUAGGGUCUGCUGCUUCCAGCGGUUCAUCUUCAAGAGAGGAGAAAUUCACAACCACCAACGACCAUUCAGACACCGAUCCAUUCGGAUACGAAGAAAAAUCGUCUCGGCCAAGUCAGCUUUCAUCUUGGGACAGAGUUCGUGGCGAGAAUGGUGUCUCUAAUGCACGCAGAGAUGAGAGAUGGUCUCAAAUUAGGUCUGCACCGGGGCCUUUUCCGCUAAAGAGAGAGCAGGACAGUACCUCCUCUCAAGGUCAUAACGAAAAUGAAGAUGUUGACGACUUUGAAGCUCUUUUGGAAAAGGAAAGACGCGGCGAUGAUACAUUAUAA